AUGCGUGCCUUUUGGAUGUGGCUCUGGUCAAUCCUACUGGCUUUACCCAGAGUCGAUGGUUCAAAAAGGGGAUGGACUCUACAAGAGCUUCUAGCACCAAAGAAAGCGGUAUUCUACGACAAGGAUUGGGCUUUGCUUGGAUCGAAGAUCAACUUAUGCCCCUCGAUCACGGCUGCCACCAAAAUUGCUGCCGACUUUCUGAAUGGGAGGCCAUUAUGUGUCGAGGGUCCUUACCAUAGUGGUGCACCACAGGCAAUGAUCUUGCACCGGCGAUUGUCAAGUAGUAUGCCGGCUGAGUACCCUCAAGUCUCCGUACUAAUGUCCUGCUAG